AACGCCGGCGUGGCCGCUCUCAUGCGCGAUUCUCUCUGCAUUUAGACACGUGUGGUAUUGUUUUUUGUGAAUUUAACAUACUUCGUACAUUUUAAUAUUUAGGCAUAAGGUUGAAAUAUAUCAAAAUGGUUGUGAGAGGCAAAAAGAAGUAUCAGGUUGGCGAGGGAGCACAGUUUAUAACAAGGAGAGCCGCCCUCAGAAAAUUGCAGUUAACAUUAAACGAUUUUCGUAAAGUAUGCAUUUUAAAAGGCAUAUAUCCGCGGGAACCACGUAACCGUAAAAGGGCACAGAAGGGGGAACCUGGUAUUAAGACUUUAUACCAUAAGAAAGAUAUUCAAUUUCUGAUGCAUGAGCCAAUCCUAUUAAAACUACGAGAUUAUAAGAUAUUCAACAGGAAAAUUGGAAGGGCAAAAGCAAUGAGAGAUUUUGCCAAAGUGAGGAGAUAUUUAAACAACCAUCCUACGUUAAAACUGGAUCACAUAGUUAAAGAACGUUAUCCAACAUUUAUAGAUGCUCUGCGAGAUUUAGAUGACUGUCUGACCCUUUGCUUUUUAUUUAGCACAUUUCCAUCAUUACCUCAUAUUCCAAGAGAUCAAUCAUUAUUAUGUAGAAGAUUGACAAUUGAAUUUCUUCAUGCUGUAAUUGCAGCUAAAGCAUUACGUAAAGUAUUUGUAUCCAUCAAAGGAUAUUAUUAUCAGGCAGAACUAGGAGGGCAAACUGUAACAUGGAUAGUGCCACAUCAUUUUUGUUUUGAACCUCAAGCAAAGAAUGAAGUCGAUUUCAAAGUUAUGUCUACAUUUGUGGAAUUUUAUAUUGUGAUGCUUGGUUUUGUGAAUUACAGACUAUAUCACAGUCUUAAUUUGCAUUAUCCUCCCAAAUUUACUAAUAUUGGAAAUUUGGAAAAAGCACUGGUUGAUGAAGAAGCAUUUGCAUCAGAAAGAAUAAGUGCGUUGAAUGUAUCAUUGGUCAGUUUAAAUCCUUCACAGGCUGUUCAAGAUGAAGAAACGGAGAUCGAUAAUUUCUCAAAUGAGGCAGACUCUUCCAAGAUGGAAGCUGCUAGAGUGGAAGCUGAGAAAAUACGAAAGUUGAAAACCUUGUUCAGUGGCAAGAAAAUUUUUAUAAAUAGAGAGGUACCUAGGGAACCGCUCGUAUUUAUCAUACGUUGCUUCGGUGGAGAGGUAUCUUGGAAUAAAUCACUUUUCAUUGGUGCUACUUUCGAUGAGGAAGACGAAACGAUAACUCAUCAGAUUGUAGAUAGGCCCCAAAUGGAUAAGCAAUACAUAUCGAGAUUUUACGUACAACCGCAGUGGAUUUUCGACAGUGUGAACUCAAAGGAAUUAUUACCCGUUGAGAAAUAUUUAAUGGGUGCUGUUCUUCCUCCUCAUCUCUCGCCGUUCACAGACGCACAACAAGAUCAGACUUAUAUCCCACCGGAAGAACGUGCUUUAAUGGAUCCUGAUUAUAAACUAAAUGAUUUGGAAACAGAUUUAGAGAAAAAAGCAGUAGAUGAUGAUGAAGAGGAGAGCGAAGAUGAAGAAGAGAAAAGUGAUAAUGACGACCAAAGUGAAGAAAGUAACGAAGAAACUGAGGAAGAUAAAGAAGAUGCCGAUGAUGAUGUACAGACCCCUGUUGAAAACGAGAAGAAACAGGCCCAAUUACAAAAGAAGAAAAAGAUGAUGGUGAAGGUUGGUGAGAUCACAAAGGAAAAUCCAUGGGAGGAAGCCCAACGGCAGAAGCAGGAGUAUCGUCUUAGGGAGAAGAUGAUCAAAAAGAAACAUCGAAACCUAUACAGAAGUAUGAUGAAGAGUCGAGAAGAGAGGCGUAAAGCAGUCUGGCUUCUGCGGAAGAAAAGGCGUAUCCAUGAUGACAACAAGAAGAGAGAAACGAAGGCGGCAUAAUAAUAUACAGAUAAUAACAAUCAUUUGUUAAGACUCCGGCGUAACCGCUAUGACUGUCCUUGUUUAAUGACGUCAGAAACGAGAAAACGCAUGCCAAGAUUUUUUCGUUAUACCUUCGAAUAAAAAGAUACACCUUCCGGCCGCUA